AUGUCCAAAUUUGACCCCUACGAACACCUCAACGUCUCUCUCAACCGAGACGGCUCAUUAACCCGCUACGUCAAGCUCCCCACCUCCACCGCCACCGGCGACGCCCAAAUCGCAGGCCAUGCCGUCCUCAGCAAGGACGUCACCCUCGACUCCGAGAGGAAAACAUGGAUGCGAAUCUACCGCCCCACUAAGCUCUCCUCCGUCGCCCGCCUCCCCAUCAUAAUCUACUUCCAUCCCGGUAGCUGGAUAAUGAUGAGCGUUGCCGAUACCCUCAUCCACGAGAAAAGCAACCGCUUGGCCGCCGAAGUUUCCUCCAUAGUCAUCGCCGUAGAGUUCCGCCUUGCGCCAGAGCAUCGCCUACCGGCGCAGUACGAGGACGCCAUGGACGCCCUCCUUUGGGUCAAGAACCAGUCGUCUGACCGCGUGAGAGGCGAUCCAUGGAUAAGGGACUACGGCGAUCUCACGAGGUGUUACCUCUACGGCGUGAGCUGCGGUGCUAACAUCGCGUUCAACGCCGCACUGCGGCUGCCGGAUAUGAGGCCGCAGCCCCUGAAACUCGCCGGAAUCAUACUCAGCCAGCCGUUCUUCGGCGGGAAGAAGCGAACUGAAAGCGAGCUAAAGCACGCAACAGACGAGUAUUUCCCGCUGCCGGUUCAAGAUCUGGUGUGGGAACUGGCGCUGCCGGUCGGAGCCGACCGCGAUCACCGAUUCUGCAACCCAUCUCUGGAUGAGGCGAUGAAGAAGAAAGCGAGGAAUCUGUGUAGGUGUUUAGUGGGAGUGCGCGUUGACGCGCGGUUCGACGACGUCGGAUUUCAUGGGAUUGAUUUGAUCGACACAAGGAGGGCAACUGCCAUUCUUAAUUUCAUCAAAGAGUUUGUUUGA